AUAUGGGAUAUAUGACUCAGAAGUAAUAGCAAGUCAGAUUAAACCUCUUAGGGAAAAUCAACAGCAAAUACAAGCUCACAGGCUGUGUGUAAGGUUAACUUGUACAUGACUUUGGAUGCAAAUUGACACAAACACCUCUCCAUAUUACAGUCAUUUUUAGAGGCCAGGCAACAUUCUUGGGGGGACCUGAAUUGCUAGGUAAUUAAAAUGUAUGUAUGUAGAAUAAAAUAAUCUUGGAAAUAAGAGAUUUCCAUAAGCAUUCUCUCUAAAAUAAGGUCACGUUCUUAGAGGUAGAGAUUCUGUGCCUUGUGGAAGGAAAGCCACUUCAUAAAGCAGCACAAGAAUAGCCGGUUAUUGAAAGGGCCAUUAUAAAAUUACUAGCCAAUGGUAUUUGCUGCUCUUACAAUUUGUCAAUCCAUUCAUCCCUAGGAAAAAGAUAGCAUAAAAGAGAGGUCUGUUCAUAGGUAGAAGCAGUUUGUGGGAAAGCUUUGGAAAUGCAGAACCAUUGUUUUUGAUGACCAUGAGAAAAAAAGAGGGUGCAAGAGGGCAGCACUAUGAAGGGCCCCUGGAAUAACAGCACAAAGCGAGUUAGAUUCAAAGAGUGGAGUAGACCUUUGUCUAAGGGGCUUAUCCUGACAAAUUCAACUUUGAAGGCAGCCCGGGUCAUUCUUGGAAGAGGCUAUUCUUUGUCUCCAGUGACCCCAGAGACACCAUAUAAAGGUGGGGUGAUGAUGCCGCAGCCGGGACCAGGUCCCAGUUGCGGUGGACAGGACAGAAGGGACUGGAUGGGGCAGCAGGCUGGGGCGCCACCAGGUACAAGCAAAGCCCAGGGAUACGGCCCCUCCUCUCCGUCCCGGCUGCUCGCUGCGCCCCCUCCGGGCCGUACAGGCUCCGGCUCCCGCGCCGGGGCUGCCUCUCACGGAUUUCAGCCUGGUGGGAGGCAGUGCCCAGAGCCUCUUUUUCCUUAUCUCACAAAACCCUAAAAGACAAAACUGCUCCCCGAGCUUCGGUUCUUUCCUGCUUUCCAGGCGUGUCUCCGGCAAUAACUUACUUAGUGGCACGGGGAGAAAGGUGGGGACUCGGGGGUCGGGAGCCGAAACCCAAAAGAUUCCCCCAGCAUGGAGCACCCACGUUUCCAGUGUCAUGUUGGAGAGGCGGGGGAUGCUUGUUGGUUUGUGCCUAGCCCACCCCCACCAAGCCUGGUCCUCGACGCGCUGAGACGCUAGCGGGUGUGGGCGGCGGGGUGGGCGUCUCUGGGUCUGUGGCUCUGUCCUGCCCGCCCCCGCCCCUUCCUCCCGGACCGCGCCGGCGCUGUGCGGCCUUUUCCCCAGCACGCGGCGCUGCGCUCGCUUUUAUCUUGGAGCCGCGUCGCUUCGUGCGCUGCCAGCGGGGUUGAGCCAGUCGGCUGGAAUUGAGUAGCAUUCAUUGAAUCUGCGGAUUUCAUGACGUCUCUCUGCGUGGUCCAUCACUUUUCUCCUAACCGGGGAUUUUUUUUUACUUCUGCCACUCUUAUCUUUCCCCGCUUCAUUCCACCCAGUCUUCCUCCCCCGUCCCUGCCCAAACGCGUGCCCCUCCGCCCCUCCUUUGGCCCCGGUGCCCAGCCCUGCUCUCCGCGCUUGGCCGGAGGGAGCCAGUCCGGAGACGGCUGCACCUGGCUGGAGAGGCUGGGCGGGCGGAGGGGUGGACACCCGCGGGCGCCGGGAAGCCGGACCUGGAGCAGGAGCAGCUGCGAGCAGAAUGGAGUCUCCUAACAGCCUCUCGGGGCUGAUGUGAAAUUUGACCACCUGAUUCCAGUUUUUUUCUUUUCCUUUUCUUUUUUGCAUUUCCUUCCCUCGCCAUCCGCCGUGUAGUGAAUUGUUCAGUCUUGCUCGGUUUCGAGAGAGGAGAUCAUGAUUGAGUGAAGCCACCCCGUCCGCAGCCAGGAAAAGCACAAAGAAGAAACUGCAACAAUGGCCAAGCUGACAGAAUCCAUGACUAACGUCCUGGAGGGCGACUCCAUGGAUCAGGAUGUCGAGAGCCCAGUGGCCAUUCACCAGCCAAAGUUGCCUAAGCAGGCCAGGGAUGACCUGCCAAGACACAUCAGCCGAGACCGGACCAAAAGGAAAAUCCAGAGAUACGUGAGGAAAGAUGGAAAAUGCAACGUUCAUCAUGGCAACGUGAGGGAGACCUAUCGCUACCUGACCGAUAUCUUUACCACCUUAGUCGACCUGAAGUGGAGAUUCAACCUGUUGAUUUUCGUCAUGGUUUACACAGUGACCUGGCUCUUUUUUGGAAUGAUCUGGUGGUUGAUCGCGUACAUCCGGGGAGAUAUGGACCACAUAGAGGACCCCUCCUGGACUCCUUGUGUUACCAACCUCAACGGGUUCGUCUCUGCUUUUUUAUUCUCAAUAGAGACAGAAACCACCAUUGGUUAUGGCUACCGGGUCAUCACGGAUAAAUGCCCAGAGGGAAUUAUUCUCCUCUUAAUCCAAUCUGUGUUGGGGUCCAUUGUCAAUGCAUUCAUGGUGGGAUGCAUGUUUGUAAAAAUCUCUCAACCCAAGAAGAGGGCAGAGACCCUGGUCUUUUCCACCCAUGCAGUGAUCUCCAUGCGGGAUGGGAAACUGUGCCUGAUGUUCCGGGUAGGGGACCUUAGGAAUUCCCACAUUGUGGAGGCUUCCAUCAGAGCCAAGUUGAUCAAAUCCAAACAGACCUCGGAGGGGGAGUUCAUCCCGUUGAAUCAGACGGAUAUCAACGUAGGGUAUUACACGGGGGAUGACCGUCUGUUUCUGGUGUCACCGCUGAUCAUUAGCCAUGAAAUUAAUCAACAGAGUCCUUUCUGGGAGAUCUCCAAAGCCCAGCUGCCCAAAGAGGAACUGGAAAUUGUGGUCAUCCUAGAAGGAAUGGUGGAAGCCACAGGGAUGACAUGCCAAGCUCGAAGCUCCUACAUCACCAGUGAGAUCCUGUGGGGUUACCGGUUCACACCUGUCCUGACCCUGGAGGAUGGGUUCUACGAAGUUGACUACAACAGCUUCCAUGAGACCUAUGAGACCAGCACCCCAUCCCUUAGUGCCAAAGAGCUGGCCGAGUUAGCCAGCAGGGCAGAGCUGCCCCUGAGUUGGUCUGUAUCCAGCAAACUCAACCAACAUGCAGAACUGGAGACUGAAGAGGAAGAAAAGAACCUUGAAGAGCAAACAGAAAGAAAUGGUGAUGUGGCAAACCUGGAGAAUGAAUCCAAAGUUUAGUGCCCUAGCUGGGCAACCCCUUCUCUUCUCCCCCCGACACAAUCUUUCCUUGUCUCUCAUUCUCUUUCUUUUUUGUCUCUCUUGCUUUGUUCUUUAUUUAUAUUUAAUUUUUACAUGACCAGAAAACAAAUCUUCAAGGUGUAAAAUAUCUACCUGCCCUCUCUCAGUUGUUUAGAUUGACAAGGUAGACGUGGAUUUGAUGAAGGUGCAAAGUGCUCUCGUUUGUGGCCCAAGCCUGGUCUCCUCCCAAAAUACUACACGUCCAACUCCUGGAGAUUUCAGUUACUUACCUGCAUGUGUUGUAUAAUACCAGAUCACUCAAAAAGGUGUGUCAAAGAUUUUACCUGGGAUAUGACAAGCAAGGUUUCCGGUGCCUAUUUAUUCAUUCAGUAAGACACAGAGUGGAGCCCUCAGUUUUAUAGAUCCCAAUUCUUUUCAUCUACUACAGGGUGAGGUGCUUGCCCCCGUGUGGGCGUGGCAGUUACAGGGCCCAGGUGAGCUGAAGACAAACCACUGUACAUAUAUAUGCCUUAUGUAAUUAUUUUCUUUUUGUAGUUAGUAAUAAAACCCAGCAUGUACAAAAGUACCAUAGAACAGAACUUCUAAAUACUGUACAUAGAUGUAUCAUUAAUGUAGGUUUAGAUAUAUAACUUUAGAAAUAAGAAGCCAAAAAAAAAAAAAAAAAGAAAGAAAGAAAGAUUCCUAACAUGCAGUAGGCGUUUCUGUUUUGAUGUCUGUGUUUUCCAGGUUAUUUUGAUCCCGUUGACGGCUGGCCCUUCAGUGCACAGCCUUUGUUUGUGUCUCAGACUGGCAGCCGUUAGGGUACCUCACUGUUCCCAUGCUGAUCCUUUCAUUGAAUCUAAUAAGCCAUAGGUCUGGGGGAAAUUGAGAGAUCUGGUAGAUGACAAAACCCACCACCAAUAUGCUGAUAUACUGUGAAAUGUUACAAAACAGAUGUCUUUUUUUAAAAGAUAACAAGGGCCUCACUAACUGGCCUGGAGGAGGGGGAAUACCAGGAAGGAGAUAUUCUCUAGCAUGUCACCAAAGGUAUGUUUUUACUUUUCACAUGAGCUCUUGCCCUUUGUAGUACAAUAAUUUAGGAAACUUUUCUGCAAAACCAUUGAUUCUCCAGCUGUAGUUUCUCUACAGACUGUUACAAUGAGACAGGGUAAGUUAGCGCAAGAUGGUUUGGGUCUAAAGCCAUGAAAUUCACGAAGGCAUGUAGUGAGUGACAUGCAUUAUAAUCAUCGACCUCUCACGCUUUGACUCUAUCUGGUGUUCUGAGAAUGACAUCUCGCCUGUCCCUGGGGCUUAUCCAUCAGCAUUUCUUGCAUUGUGAUCUUUUAUUUUUAUUCUUUUAUUAUUUUGAAAUGACCAGAGUUCAGUAUUCAAAGAUUAGAUCAACAAUCUUGAUGAUUGUCUAAGAAAUGUCUCCAGAGUACGCCACAGGUUAGAAAUCAAAUCCAAAGUGUCUCUCAAUCAAAAGAAAA